AUGGCCUCCGCUCUGUCUAUAACUUUGCCCAGGAGAUUUCAUAAAGCACCUCGACAAUCAGCUGGGCCUGCCCGUCCUUCGGCAUCGUCCAAUAAAGCACCUUCCGUCGCGGGAGGUUAUAGAGGUGGCACUCGAAAAGGUCUCGAUUUGACACUUGGAAGUCCACACACCUCCCAGGCGACAACUUCUCGCUUUUUCACGCCCCUUGCUGCACCGAAUGCCCCUCAAAUAAAGUCGAUCGUUCGAGGCGGCGUCCUGUUUCGUUCUAUCCGUCGAGUGUCCGAUUCACGAGUCAUAUCAGGACCGUCACUCCUUGUAGACGAACUUCUGCGAGUUGGAUCCGCUUCAAACAUAGCAGAACUCGUUCAAAAGCAAUGGUCGGGUGACAUAUCCGCUUUCCCCUCGACUGAGACCACUCAUUCUGAAAGUGCUCGCACGAGACUGUUCUUGCAGCCUCGGUCGUCAUCCAUCACCCCCCGCAUCUAUCGGUCUCCCCGUAUUGGCUUAGACUUGUCUCAUCAAUCUACGCGAAUCUCACCUUCUGAUCCACGGAUCUCCUACGUUUCUGCGCCUUACCGAUAUUUCGUACAUCCUGAACUUCUCGUAGCGAACGGCCGCGGACAGACAUUACUCGGCGUAUACCAAGAUGUCGUCCGCACUUCGAAGGCCUCGGGCGAUCGCGCUAUUAUUGAAGAGGUUGUUGCAAUUACAGGCCUUCAGGAGAAGACAGCGAUCAAAUACCUCGCGGAAUACCACACAGCAUGCCAUUCUAGGAAACUAGAACCCUUUGUCGGCCCAGCCGGGAAAGGAGCCGCAUCCUCGCCAGCUGGAUUUUUGCGACUCAUGGGCACCGUGAAGAAAUUUUACGAGGGGGUUUCCGGUGCGAGUACGGGCGUCUAG